AUGCUUCGCCCAACUGCCGUGGCAUUUGCCUUUUUGUUCGGCCUGGUGAGCAGCCACUGGAAUCACUCAACCCCGACCGCCCAUGUCAAGAACGGAACAUACGUCGGAGUGCAUUCAGCGAGUUAUAACCAGGACUUCUUUCUUGGCAUUCCAUAUGCACAACCGCCUGUUGGGAGUUUACGCUUCAGAAAUCCAGCGAGCUUGAACCAGAGCUGGAGCGAUGCAAGACCAGCUGUGCAAUACUCCAGUGCAUGUUACGGCUAUGGCUCCGAUCAGUGGGGUUAUGCCGUUUCGGAGGAUUGCCUAUACCUCAACGUGAUCAGGCCAUCUGGCUAUAAGCAUGAAAAUCUCCCUGUUGCUCUGUGGAUUCAUGGCGGAGGCUUCUACCAAGGCUCAGGUAUCGAUAAACGCUACAACAUCUCUUUUAUGGUUGAGAACUCUGUCAGAAUCGGAAAGCCUAUUAUUGGCGUGAACAUCAACUAUAGGCUCAGUGCUUGGGGCUUUUUGAGUGGAAGCGAAGAGAUCAGAGACAGUGGAAACAUGAACCUUGGCUUGAGGGAUUCGAGACUUGCCCUUCAGUGGGUUCAGGAGAACAUCAAAGCUUUUGGAGGCGACUCAGAGAAGGUUACUGUGUUUGGAGAGAGUGCAGGUGCUGCAGCGGUAGGCUUCCAUCUGACAGCCUACGGCGGCCGAGACGAUAAGCUGUUCCGAGCCGCGAUUAUGGAGAGUGGUAACCCCGUCUUCUACCAAAAGUUGUUGGAUCCGCUCGGCAAUCGAGCCAUGUACAAUACCAUUCUCAGCCGGACGCCCUGUACCAACGCCUCGAGCCCACUCGAAUGUCUGAGAUAUUUACCUGCAGAUCAACUCAACAUCGCCAUCAACACCACAAGCACGACACUAAACACAACCCAAUUCCAGCCCAUUCUGGACGGUGACUUCAUCCAAAAGCGCACCUCACUUCAGCUCGCGGCUGGAGAAUUCGUACACGUCCCAAUCAUAUCCGGUGCGAAUUCCGACGAAGGCUCAGCGUUCAGCCCUCGCCCAGUCAACACAUCUGAGGCCUUCUUCAACCUCGUCACAAACGGCCAGCGCGGCAACGUGUCGACCGAGCUAGGAAACCAGAUCCUAGCUGCUUACCCCGACGAUCUUUCCGUCAACGUGAUUGCCAGCCUAGGAAACACUCGGCCAGGACCAGCAUACGGCGCGCAAUUCCGGCGUUCAGCAUCGUACUACGGCGACCAAUUCUUCAUCGCCAACCGCCGGCUAACAUGUCGAACCUGGGCCGCCGCCGGCGUGCCAGCAUACUGCUUCCGCUUCAACGCGAUUCCCGCCGGCCUUCCCGCUGAAAUUGGCGUCACGCAUUUCCAAGAAGUCGCGUUUGUGUUUCUCAAUCUCCAGGGCGUGGGGUAUCCGCCUGUUUCUGUUCCGCCGUUCGCCAACAAGACCGAGAGCUAUCGUAAUCUCGCCAGACUGAUGGAUAGCAGCUGGGUUAGCUUCGUGCAUGAUCUUGAUCCGAAUUCGUGGAGGGAGACGUAUGCGUGGAAUGGGACGGAGGCGCUGUGGCCGGCGUACGAUGUGGCGAAUCCGCUCGACUAUGUUUUCGAUGCGAAUGUGUCUAGUUAUGCGGAGCCGGACACUUAUAGGAGUGAGGGGAUUAAGUUGAUUAUCGCUAAUGCUGAUGUGUUUCAGCGGUAA